GGAGUGGCUGUUGUUUCUUGUCUACGACGACGCGUAUUUUCUUUCCUUUUCGCCGUUACUCAAAGGCGAAAGAUAUUCUUAUUCCGGAAAGCAUUUCUUAGAUAUUCCUUAACACUAAAGGAAAAAUGAGUAUGGAAGAGAUCCUUUCAUCCUCAGAAAUAUGCCAGGAAAUUAUUAGAUAUAUCAAUAGCCGACGGCGAGGCUAUCCAAAAGAUCUUUUGGCACUAUGUCAAACAAAUAAAGCGUGGCAACGCGAAUCCGAAAAGGCGCUGUACCACAGCGUUCGCGUCGACUCCCUCUCUCGGCUGAAACAAUUCUGCACGACAAUCAUCUCCCAGCCCCGUAUUGCAGAAUUGGUUAUCGCCUUCAGCUUCGCGUCGCAGCUCACCCGAUACACUCCGCCUAGUACAGCGUAUCUAGCCGAAAUCUGGAAAGGUUUCCAUGAAACACUCCAGAAGCUUCCCAACCUUCUAUCUCUCUCCAUCGCCGAACAAUACGCGGUACCAAGCUGGGUGUUCAGCUCCGAAGACCAGGAAGAAUGUAUAUUCCCGUUCAACCUCAAUUCUUUGACGAUGUAUGGCGUGCCGUAUAAUUCCCAGACGGCAGAAUUCAUCUGUUCUCAGUCGGACCUCCAGCGCCUACAAUACUAUGCUGAUCCCACGGAUGAGGACGUAAAACACGCGCACGAGCCGGGAACACCGUCUCUAUAUGACGGCAUCGUUCUCGAGGAGUUACGUGAGCUGUCGGGAAACGUCACCGUUGUACAUGAUAUACUUUGCGCGCCGUGUCAGCCGCCAAUUACUCGGCUAGUCAUGGGUACAGACGAAGAAUGGCCGAGUCUUUUACAGGUCUUGCCAAAGUUAUCGCAAGUACGCAAGACCCUGCGGAAUCUCGCUGUGACGCGUAUACCACAAGAAGUGACAGUAGUCAACCAGCUUUUGCAGAUGAUUGCUGCUACGUGUCCAGAUAUCCGGACGCUGGGUGUGAUACCACUGCCUUGGCUUGAUAGAUCGGUCUUUCACCGUGCGCUAAUGCAGAUGCGGAAGUUGACAAGUAUAGAACUAGUAAUUCAUGGCGGGCAGAAAGGAUGGAAUCCGAUUCCGCAGUCCAUGAUCACGAAGUCGUUCGCAUCAGAGCUCAAGAUGUAUUGUCCUUCAUUGAUCGAAUGUCAUUUCCGUACUCCCUUCGAUCGGGCGUCCUGGUUUCAUAACGGACUGGAUUGGCAAUACCAUAUACCAUCAUGAUUAUUGACGGUCAACGUCGAGUUAUGUCUCUGCAACCUCAAGAAUCAAUCGGUAUCAUUGAAAGCUGUGUAAGUGAACCGGUAGAGGUUGGAACAAGCGUAUUCGGUGUAUUUCUGAUGCAAUGCUAUUUGAUUGCUAACAAUGGCGGCUAGCUCGCAAGUAUGAUUAUUGAAUAAAAUCUGUGCAAGGACAGACA